AAAUCAGCUGAUCGCAACAACCAAAACAAUUUUUCAAAAUAUUAUUGUCAAUUGUGUUUAUAUAUUUAAGAUGUUUAAAAAAUUUAAACAAUUAUUAAAUAUAAAUAUCAUUAUACAGUGAAAAAAAGAACUUAAGCGUAAUUAGUGAAUAUUAGUGUUUAUAUAAUUAAAAUUUGAAUAUUCAAAAAUAUAUCCUCAUGGAAGAGGCUGAAGUUGUGGAGCAUUUUUUUGGUGUUUAUCUUUUGUAUUCAAUGAAUGAAAAAUAUAAAGGAAGAACUUAUAUUGGUUACACAGUUAAUCCAAAUCGUCGUUUAAAGCAACAUAAUGGUGGAAUUAAAUUUGGAGGAGCUUAUAGAACCAAUAAACGUGGACCUUGGAAAAUGAUAUUAAUUGUUCAUGGAUUUCCAAAUUCAACUUCAGCUUUAAUGUUCGAGUGGGCAUGGCAACAUCCAGCGUCGAGCCGUCGAUUAAAACACAUAAAACCACGAAAAAGUCGUCAAAAAUUAUUUGAUUAUUGUCUCGAUAUUCUCACGGCAAUGUUAAAUGUUGGUCCAUGGUGUCGUUUACCAUUGACAGUGAGAUUUUUCGAUGAUGAUUUCUAUUUGAAAUAUAUGUCAAUUAUUUCACCGCCAUUACAUAUGCCAAUAACACAUGGGCCAAUAAUUCCCAAGAAACUUGGAAGUGAAAAGAAGAAAAAAAGAAAAAAACAAAUUUCAUCCAUUGCUACUGUUGCUGAUGCUGCUGCAACAUUAUCGACAGUAAAAAAUAAUAAUUGUUAUUUUUGUUAUUUGCCAAUUAUUGAAAAUAAUGAUAAAAUAACUUGCGUUCAAUUUGAUUGUAAACUUGUUGCACAUAUUGUUUGUCUUGGUAAAUCAUUUUGGAAAAAUGAUGGAAUGAUUUUGCCAAUUAAUGGAAUUUGUCCCAUUUGUAGUACCGAUGUUUUAUGGGGUGAUUUAAUACGAAAAAUGAUUGGUUGCAAUUUACAUUUGACAAAUGAUUUAAAAUCAGUAGAAAGUGAGGCGAAUUUUAUUAUUUUAUCCGAUGAUUCUGAUUUUGAAAAGUAGAUCAUUUUUUUUUACGAAUUUUUAGGAAAAAUAAAUUUUUGAAAUUUUCGAAAAAAGAAGAAUUAUAGAAAAGUAAUUUUUUUUUAUUUUCACGAGAUUUUUAAUUGAAAGAAAGAAUUUUUUUUUUUUCUACAAAUUUUUCGACAAUAAUUGAAUCGAAAAAAUGUUAAAAUUAUUAAAAUUUUAUUUAGCAAAAUGAAAAAAAAUUUGUCAAUGAUUUUGAGUAAAAAUUUUUUUUGUAAAUAAUUAAAUUAUCGAAGAAUUAUAUUUUAAAAAUUAAAUGGAAAAUAAUAAAAUUUGCCAACAGUUUUAGGAAAUAUUUCUUGUAAAUUAGAAAUAAUUUUAUUUUAUUAAA